CUUCAGAGAUACUUGAAGCCAAAUCCGUGGCUCUUUUGGCCUUUGCUAACUCAAUGCUAUGCAAAAGAAAAGGAGGAAAAAAAAAAGAAACCCUGACACUAGUUGUGGUGGGAAUGGCUGUUUCCUGCCCUGGGUGAGCCCAUGUAUGGUUUCUUACUUGUGAGAUGAACUAAUUCUCCUUCACCGGGUGGAAGACACACUACAUAUGGCAACCUGAAACUUUGGUAGUGCUUGGUCAUUGCUGAGGGGUUGGAACUUUUACUCUGAUUUUAAUUUUUUUUUUUUUUUUUUUUUUUUUUUUGGUGUAAAGUCAUCUAAGGAGCCUUGCUGCCUUCAGGAGCAUUGGAGGAAUUUGUCUUAAUUCUUCACCUCAAGUGACUUUAUCCCACUGUGAGUGCAGCCAGUGCACUCACCUAAAUACCUUCUUCAAAACUUCUUCCCAGCCUGGAAGAUCAGGGAUCACAGACUUCUUCAAAAACUUCUCAUCCUGGGAAAGGCUGCCUACAGUUACUUUAUGGGGCAGCAGCCUGGAAAAGUUCUUGGGGACCAAAGGAGGCCAAGUCUGCCGGCCCUGCACUUCAUCAAAGGAGCAGGGAAGAAGGAGUCAUCAAGGCAUGCGGGCCCACACUGCAACGUCUUCGUGGAACAUGAAGCCCUUCAGAGACCGGUAGUGUCAGACUUUGAGCCGCAGGGUCUGAGUGAAGCAGCUCGCUGGAACUCCAAGGAAAACCUUCUCUCCUGCCCUAGUGAAAAUGACCCCCAUCUCUUUGUUGCACUGUAUGAUUUUGUGGCGAGUGGGGACAACACUCUCAGCAUAACUAAAGGUGAAAAGCUCCGUGUGCUGGGCUACAAUCACAACGGGGAGUGGUGCGAGGCGCAGACCAAGAACGGGCAGGGCUGGGUCCCCAGCAAUUACAUCACUCCGGUGAACAGCUUGGAGAAGCACUCGUGGUACCACGGGCCGGUGUCGCGGAACGCUGCCGAGUACCUGCUGAGCAGCGGCAUCAACGGCAGCUUCCUGGUGCGGGAGAGCGAGAGCAGCCCCGGCCAGAGAUCCAUCUCCCUGCGCUACGAGGGCAGGGUCUACCACUACAGGAUCAACACUGCCUCCGACGGCAAGCUCUAUGUAUCUUCAGAGAGCCGCUUCAACACCUUGGCAGAGCUGGUCCAUCACCAUUCCACGGUGGCAGAUGGGCUCAUCACCACGCUGCACUACCCAGCGCCCAAGCGUAACAAGCCCACGAUCUACGGCGUGUCCCCCAACUACGACAAGUGGGAGAUCGAACGCACCGACAUCACCAUGAAGCACAAGCUGGGUGGAGGCCAGUAUGGAGAGGUGUAUGAAGGAGUCUGGAAGAAGUACAACCUGACAGUGGCCGUGAAGACACUCAAGGAGGAUACCAUGGAGGUGGAAGAGUUCUUGAAAGAAGCUGCAGUAAUGAAGGAGAUCAAGCAUCCAAACUUGGUGCAAUUAUUAGGGGUGUGCACACGAGAACCUCCUUUCUACAUCAUCACAGAGUUCAUGACCUAUGGGAACCUGCUGGAUUACCUGCGGGAGUGUAACAGGCAGGAGGUGAAUGCUGUGGUGCUGCUGUACAUGGCAACUCAGAUCUCCUCAGCCAUGGAGUACCUGGAGAAGAAAAACUUCAUCCACAGGGACCUUGCUGCCAGGAACUGCCUUGUAGGGGAGAACCACUUGGUGAAGGUGGCAGACUUUGGCCUGAGCAGGUUAAUGACAGGUGACACCUACACAGCCCACGCUGGAGCAAAAUUCCCCAUCAAGUGGACUGCACCAGAAAGCCUGGCCUACAACAAGUUCUCUAUUAAAUCCGACGUCUGGGCCUUUGGUGUUCUGCUGUGGGAAAUUGCUACCUACGGUAUGUCCCCUUACCCUGGGAUUGACCUGUCUCAAGUCUAUGAGCUGUUGGAGAAGGACUAUCGUAUGGAGCGUCCUGAAGGCUGUCCUGAGAAAGUUUAUGAGCUCAUGAGAGCAUGCUGGCAGUGGAGUCCUUCUGAUAGACCAUCCUUUGCUGAGAUCCAUCAGGCCUUUGAAACGAUGUUUCAGGAAUCCAGCAUCUCAGAUGAGGUGGAGAAGGAAUUGGGAAAGAAGGGCAUGAGGAGUGUAGUGAGCAAUUUCCUCCAAGCCCCAGAGUUGCCAACCAAAACGCGAACAUCGAGGAGAACUGCCGAAAGCAAAGAUGCCAACGAGGGCUUGGAGACUGCACAUGCUCGAGGCCAGGGGGAAUGUGAUGCCCUGGAUCAUGAACCUGCUGUUUCUCCCUUGCUCCCACGGAAGGAGAGGGUGGCUCUAGAGAGCAGUUUGAAUGAAGAUGAGCGUCUGCUUCCAAAAGACAAAAAGCACAACCUCUUCAGUGCCCUGAUCAAGAAGAAGAAGAAAACUGCCCCUACCCCUCCGAAACGGAGCAGCUCCUUCAGGGAGAUGGACGGGCACUCGGAGCGCAGGGCGGGCGCGGAGGAGGAGUGCAGGGAUGCUGGCAAUGGAACUUUCAUCGCCCCCCCUGCAGACACAGCUGACCCCUCCAAGUUCCAGAGCCCAAGCAAUGGGGCUGGUGUCACCAACGGGGUUGUGACUGGGAACUCUGGGUUCUUAUCUCCCCACUUACGGAAGAAGUCCAGCACGAUGAGCAGCAGUCGAGGGGUGGCUGGUGAGGAGGAGAGCAGCUCCAACUCCAGCAAGCGCUUCUUGAGGUCCUGCUCAGCCUCCUGUGUGCCCCACGGAACGAAGGAUACGGAGUGGAAAUCCGUGACUCUGCCUCGGGAUUUGCAGUCCACGGGACGCCAGUUUGAUUCCUCCACUUUUGGGGGGCACAAAAGUGAGAAGCCAGCACUGCCUCGGAAGAGGGCGAAUGAGGCCAAGGCUGACGUGGCUGUCAGGGGAACAGUGACCCCUCCUCCACGGCUGCUUAAGAAGAAUGAAGAGACUGCUGAUGAUGUGUUCAAAGAUGCAGAGUCGAGCCCUGGUUCCAGCCCUCCCACCCUGACGCCAAAACUUGGCCGUAGGCAGCCUGCUGCCCCUCCUUCCUCCAGUGGGCUCCACAAGGAUGAUGGAGUCAAAUCCAGUGCCUUAGGUACCACUGUGAUGGUGGACCAAGGUUCUGCUGCCAAACCCAACCCUGCUGGGUUUGUGGGGGCCAGCAAAGCUUCCUCUGAGGAGCCACGCCUGAGGAGGCUCAAGCAGACCUCGGAGUCGGUAGGGAAGGACAAAGGGAAGUUAUCGAAGCUGAAACCAGCCCCUCCACUCCCACUGUCUUCAUCCUCCAUUGCCAAGCCUGGGAAGGUUUCUCACAGUCCCAGCCAUGAAGCAGCAGCAGAUGUGGUGUCUGGGCCGAAAUCCAAACAGUUGACUCAGGUUGGAGAGGCUGCAGGCAGUGAUGCUGUCAAGCCAAACCAGUCAGGAGAAGGUGUGAAAAAGCUGGGGAUCCCCUCUGUACCAAAGCCACAGUCCUCUACAAAGCUGCUGCUGAGCACAGCAACCCCAGCUGCCUCUUCCUCAUCCGUACCCUCCGCCCCAGGCGGGGACCAGACAUCAUCCACAGCCUUCAUCCCCCUCAUAUCCACCAGGGUCUCGCUGCGGAAGACCCGGCAGCCCCCGGAGAGGAUUGCCAGUGGCACCAUCACCAAAGGGGUGGUGUUGGAAAGCACCGAGGCUCUACGGCUCGCCAUCAGCAAGAACUCUGAGCAAAUGGCCAGCCACAGCGCCGUCCUGGAGGCUGGCAAGAACCUCUACACCUUCUGCGUGAGCUACGUGGACUCCAUUCAGCAGAUGAGGAACAAAUUUGCCUUUCGGGAGGCCAUCAAUAAGCUGGAGAACAACCUCCGGGAGCUUCAGAUCUGCCCGGCGACCGCCGGCAGCGGCCCCGCGGCCACCCAGGACUUCAGCAAACUGCUCAGCUCGGUGAAAGAAAUCAGCGACAUUGUUCAGAGGUAGCAAGAAACCAGGUUGAAAAACAAAACGAGUGAAUCAUUCAAUCACAAUGGGCCAAAGCCAGCUGUGGAGAGAGUAAGGUGUGGACUGACAAGGGAGCGGGGCGUUCAGGUUAGGGCUGUGCCAAGGACGCAGACUGGGAAUGGACGCCCC